UUCAGUCCUGCCGGCACAGGGCUUUAACCUACUGCACAAUGAAAUACGAUAAUAAUUGCCACCAGCAUGUUGGCACUGUCUGGCAUAGCUACAAACAUGACUUGACAUCCUAAGAACUGCAUUCAUGGCCAUUGGGUGAUCUGGCCAAUCAUGGAGCUGAAGGUAUGGGUCGAUGGAGUCCAGAGGAUCGUUUGUGGGGUCACAGAAGUUACCACUUGUCAGGAGGUCGUGAUAGCUCUUGCUCAAGCUAUAGGUCGUACUGGACGGUAUACCUUAAUAGAGAAAUGGAGAGAUACAGAGAGGCACCUGGCCCCUCAUGAAAAUCCAAUUAUUUCCUUGAAUAAGUGGGGACAAUAUGCGAGUGAUGUACAACUGGUGUUACGGCGGACUGGGCCAUCCCUCAGCGAGAGGCCGACUUCAGACAGUGUCGCUCGAAUACCGGAAAGAACUUUGUAUCGUCAGAGCUUGCCUCCGUUAGCCAAGCUAAGACCGCAAAAUGAUAAGUCAAUAAAGAGGCGAGAACCAAAAAGGAAAUCUUUGACUUUCACAGGAGGGGCGAAAGGAUUGAUGGAUAUUUUCGGGAAAGGAAAAGAUCCUGAAUUCAAGCAGAAAGUUCUGAACUGCAAAGCAACUGUUGAUGAGUUGAAAAAACUGAUCCACCUCCAGAUGGAGAAGCUCCAGUCUAUUGAGAAACAGCUGGAUUCGAAUGAUGCUGAAAUCAAAUACUGGGAGCAGAGAUUCAGUUACAGCUUGGAAGACGAAAUUGUUAGGCUGGAGCAGAAGAUCAAAAGGAACGAAGUAGAAAUUGAGGAGGAGGAAUUCUGGGAAAAUGAACUCCAGAUCGAGCAGGAAAAUGAGAAACAACUGAAGGAGCAGCUCCUAGAGAUGAGGCAACGGAUUUUGGAUUGUGAAAACAAACUGAAGGAGUAUGUGGCCCGCAUCCGUGGCAUGGAAAGCGGGCUUGAGGCUGAAAAGUUACACCAAGAAGUGGAGGAGUCCAAAGUCAACGAAGAAGAAGUCAAAGAGAAGAUUGAAAAAGUCAAGGGAGAAAUUGAUAUUCAGGGGCAACAAAGUCUGAGACUGGAAAAUGGGACUAAAGCAAUUGAGAGGUCUUUGGGCCAGGCCACCAUACGAUUACAGGAGAAGGAACAGGAACUAGAGCAGUUGACAAAAGAGCUGCGACAAGUCAAUCUCCAGCAGUUUAUCCAGCAGACAGGGACAAAGGUCACUGUGCUGCCUGCAGAACCAACAGAACUGGAAGCUUCACACACAGAGAUUGAGAUGGAAACAAUAUUUCAGACGGGGUCCUUGAAACGCCCUAGUUCAUCAAGACAGCUGCCCAGCAAUCUUCGGAUCCUGCAGAAUCCACUGUCCUCUGGUUUCAACCCAGAGGGCAUUUAUGUAUAGCAGUAUAUACCUCUUCUGGAGAGGACCUAUGAAGGUACCAAGGACCUCCUUUUGCAUCUAUUCUCCCAGUGCAGGGAAGGAAAGAACUUCCUUUCUGAAUCCACAAAUGUUGGUAUUUUCUUUUUUAAUGAGAUCAGCAACCAGCUUUGAUUCCUGCCUCCUGUACUGGUAAUAUGAAGAACUGAAGGAACUGACAAGGCACACUUUUGCAAUGUUGCAAUUGGUGCCAAACAGCUAUGGUGCAAAUAGCUUCAUUUUUUAAAGAAUUUGGAGAAGUAUUAUUCCAUAGCUGGCUGAAAUGACUGACUUGAGUGCAAGAAACUGUGUGGAGAUGAAUUUGAGUUUAAUUUAUUCCAUUUAAUCAGUGGAUGUAUGAAUGUUGACUUGUAAAAUUAUACCUAUCGUUCUUGCCUGUGAGCAGGACUACAUGUUAAGCCUAGCCAGGGCCACUGCCUCAAACAGCGCCCUUUGAUAGGUACUCCUCUCCAUCCACACGUGAAGAAUUGUGCAAUGUGCUGCUGUGAUCCCACUGUGAAUGUAUCAUCUCUUUCUACCAUCAUUUGCGAUUCCCUGCCAGCAAUCUCCACGUGAUUCAGUCACAACAUGAGGAAAAUGAUGCUAGCUCUACUAGGGAGUGAGGAGAACUCCGCAUAGAUGCCAGUUUCAGUGGCUGUCCUGUGUUGGGCUUAAUUUGUAACUCUCCCAUAAAUGAAGAGAAGUAUGAGUCAUAUAUGAAGAGAACUAUGAGUGAGCACGUGGAUACAAGUGUAAGUAUGUGAGAAAGAGAGAAUGGGUAUGUGCAUGAAUGAGUAUGAGCACAGAAACACCAAGAUCAUCACAACAGUGUUUCAUAAUUACAAAGUGUUGUUAAGGAUGAAUGUUGCAGAAUCUUUAAAACAUUCUGUUGAUAUUUUUGUUCUGUUACAAGUUACAUUGUGUUAUAGCCAUUGCAGGAUUUUUAUAAUCAGUGGCUUUGUCCAUCAAAGGUCUGCUGGGACUUAAUCCUCACUUGGUAAGGAUGUGUUUAGUAUUUGAUAGAGGAGUGUUUAGUUAAACAGCAUUUUAUUAUAUGAAAUUUAUAUUUGAAAUAUUUUGUCACAAUAAAUAUACUUAUCAAGGAACAAAACACUAUAUCUUCAGUCAAGUAUCUUGCCAAAGGAGUUCAUCACUGACUUUUUGGGUUUUGUCUAGCAAGUUUCUAUUUUUUUCCCUUCACCUGAUAGCAUCCUUGUGUUGUAGUCAGCUUUUCCAAUAAAGACACAGUCGUUCAGUUUAAUGCUGACUUUGUACUACUUGUGACUCACUAAGCCAAACACAACCUUCAAGCCAUAUCUGGUGGCCUGCCAGCACUUGACAGCUCUCCUUUUAUUGUAGUAUUGAGAAAAAGUAAAAUGUUGUCAAGACACGUGGUAGCUUUUGCCACAUGCAGAUGGCGACACGUGUUCACUUUAGCCCAUCAAAAUGCGUGCAGGCUCAAUCCAAUGACUCACAGCACAGAAUAAUAUUCCAUUAUUAAAAACUUAUGUAAAUGUUUGAAAGAUUAUUUCUGAUCAAUAUGUUAUGCAAAAUGGUCUGAAGAAAUGGUUCCUUUAUUAAAAUAAGGGAGCUGAGUUCAUUUAUAAAAUGACUUCAUUCACCAAAUGCAACCCCAAAUAAGAGUAGAUUUAGAGAAGAUUGCAUGCCCCAGAGACAUAGGAGUAAGCGCAUGAAUCAUUCUUCAUGGCAAGAUUUAAUUAGGAAAUUUGUGUCUCUGAAUAUUUAACUGACAUGUCCAAAACUUUAAAGAGUACAAUGAUAUCUCAAGAAAUUAGAAGUUUCCUAUCAGAAUCUACAUCUCGUCUGUAAUAUUUCAAUUUUCCUGUGCAAGAGCUAUUAAUCAUCAGAUACAUUGUGGGCCUUUUGAUUUCAGUGGGGUGAUGUAUGGGCAUUUGGUGGCAUCAUUGUAGAGUUUGGUCCUGCAAACAACUUAGCUCAAAUUCGAAAUAAUCAUUUUGAGACAGAGGUCAAUUCAUCUAAAUACCUACAAUUAGUGACCAUUGAAUUAUGUGCACACUAUGACCUAAAGUCAGUUGUUUAUCCCUACUAAAAUUGACUGGUUGACUUACCAAAUUCCCAUUCUUUUUAUGAGUAUUUGCUUCUUUCAGCAGGGAGUUGUCAGGAAACUGUAUACAGGUGUCUAAAUACCCAUUUAUUCACAAAGCAGGAGCAUACGUGGACAGUGCAUUUUAUUUUUAAAAUAAGAGUAUAGAACCCCUCAAUUACUUACUGUAUUUGCAGAUUCAAAUUGAUUUCAAGCUUCCACUAUAAUUGAAGAAUCAUCCUCAUUUAAAGCUAUAAAAAUGAGUAAGAUUCUACUCCAAGCUGAAAGAAAUUGUAAAAUACAUGUAAAUGUUUUCUUUCUAAAAAGUCACUUUGCAAGUGAGCCUCAGACCGCAGCUCCUUCCCCAGCAUCUUAGCCCUGUUAGCUGUGGAUGUUGAGAGAUGUAGUGACAUCAUCUUGCGGGUAGGUUCUCACAAGUCAGAGAAGCUUCAUUUAUAUUUGGAGUGCUCCAAAAAUAACUAGCCAGGUAUGGAAAUGCACCUGUUUGUGUGCAGGGUGAUAGCUACAUUAUUUGACCGUAUCUGCCUUUCUGAAAAAAUAAUACAUUUUAUUUUUGUAAAGUUUUGGUAUUUGCAUAUGGCAGCAGGAGAAUUUCGUAACAUAGCAGUGGCAGCACUGAUACUGGAAAACUUUGAAAACAAAUGAACACCAAGGCCUUUUAAGGCAUUUGUGAAGUUUGCAUGUUCGCCACAUGUAUAGCUGAAAAGUGCCCACCAGCAAAUCCAGUUCUCUCCCCUUCUUUUGCCACUGGGAGUAGGCUGGGUUCAGGAAACACUCCUCAGGAAGCCUCAGUGUGGCCUUCUGAACUUUGCUUCCAAACAUUGCAGUUUAAAUGCUGUAUUACACUGGGCAGAGAAGAAUGUUUGGGCAAUGCACUUUCUGUUGUUAAAAAGAGAGAGAGGUGGGAUGUUAGGCAAAAAAAUGCUUCGAUGUUGAACUGCUCAACUCUCUGUGAGCAUAAUUUAAUCUUGAGACUCUGACUCAUUAUGACUGGGAUGACCUCAGUCCACAAACAUGUCCUCCAAUAGACAUCUUGUUUGUGAAUAUGAAUAAAUGGAUCUUCAGAGAAUCUUGUCCUGACACUUUUUGCUUUUCAUUUGAUGAUACUCCCUACAUUAAUUUUGGAAAAUGUGUUUCCUUCCCGAUGCUAUUGCGCUGCAUCUUUUGAAAUGGAACAUAGUAAAGGAGAAGUAGUUGUAGUUCAACAGCAUCAGAGAUGCCUCCGGUUUCUCACCCUUGCCCUACCUCACCUUUCCCCAAGCAAUGCCCAGCAGAUAUGUUGACAACGUAGUGGCUAGAGAUGUUGGUUAUCCAGCAACAUCUGAAGAGCAUGCGCUUGAGAAAGGCCAACCUAUUUCCUGUGAACCAUUCAACAGAGGUUUUGAAAGGCUGCAUCACCUGCAGCUGCAAUACCGGAGAGAUGGUUCUCCAAACAUGUCACUUUACACAGUAAUAUAAUAAUAACUUUAUUUUUAUACCCCGCCAACCAUCUCCCCUAGGGGACUCGGGACUGCUUACAAGGGACACAGUAGGGAUGAAGUUUGCAUGCCAUCCCUCUCCAUGCAAAUGAGAAAUAUAAGCACACAAUUGCUAAUAAAAGCUGACCCUUUUGGUGUUCACCCUCUUGUUCAUUGAAUAAAUUGUGCAGAUCCAAGCACUGCACAUGCCAGGAAACAGAAACAGUGGUGGUAGAGGAGGAGGAGGAAGAUCCUGAACAUGAACCAACUUUGAGUGAAAGUUACUCCCAAUUUAAUGUUAUAUCAGGGGCGAGGGACCUUUGACUCUCUAUAUCAGAGGAGAUGUAUUGCUUUGGGAUUGUAAUUCCCUUUAACAGUACCCACUUUGGCCAAUAGUACAGGAUUGUAGGAGUUGUCUUCCCCCAAACAUUUGGAAGGCAAAAGCUUCUCUCCCUUGUCUUUCAUAUCUUUUGAAGAUGUGGCUGCACAGGUACAGCAUUUGCAUGUCUUAAAAUAUAUGCGGUGUUUAAGAGAUGAGUAAAUAUGUAGGCGACUUGAAGACAAGAUCAGUGAGCUUGAUGAAUGCUCACUGUUAAUCAGUCAAUAUGCUCAAUAAGGUAAUCUGGCAUCUCACUUUUGCAUUUGCAUGAAGGACAGUGGCAUCUUUCAAGAGGACACGAGUUCUCUUAGUUGUAUUAAGAAACAGUUUGGUUUGCCGCUUGCAGCCCUUUUAUUGCACAUUGCGUAGUCAAGAGAGUAAUUCCUAUUUUUUUACCUCCAGAAUGCUCAAAGAGGUUGACAAAUCCCCAGUAUACUUUAUCUUAUGUGAAUUGGGCCUUAAUUAUCCAUGUAAAUAGCAAAAAAUGUAUUUUGAUUUAUUUUCCGUUUUGAAUAAUCCUGUGCUAUAUAUUUUUUAAAGUGUCAAAAAGUGUUACUUUUAUAAUCUAGCUCUUUUUUUUAGACCAUUGAUUCAUGCAUGUUUAUUCUAUUUGUUACAGUAUUCUAAUGUUUUGAAUGAAGGCCAUCAACUGUAUGGAAAUGACAAAACAGUUUUAUUUAUUCAGUAUUUUUUCCUGCUGUUUUACUUUUUUGAAAUAAAGUUUUCAUGGCCACUAUA